AUGAGUCAUAUAGGAUGCAAACUUUGUUGUUUAUAUAUCGUCUUGCUAUGGAAGGUCAUACUUUGUAGUUUAUAUAUCGUCUUUCUAUGGAAGGCCAUAUUUUGUUGUUUAUAUAUCGUCUUGCCAUGGAAGGUCAUACUUUGUUGCUAUACUUUGUUGUUUUUAUUCAUCGUCUUGUUAUGGAAGGCCAUAAUUUGUUGUUUACAUAUCGUCUUUUUAUGGAAGGCCAUACUUUGUUGUUUAUAUAAAUUCUAUGAAAUAUCGCAACGAACUGACGGGUACUGA